AUGCCGGCUUCUGAUUGGCUCUCAGCGCUCGCAGCCGAGCUGGAUGCGUCGUGGGCUCUCGCAGAAAUGAUCGCCUCCAUCGCGACGGCUCCGGUGACCGCCGUCGUCGCCCGGAGGUCCGCCGGGCCCUCCCGCAUCACGCGCGGGCCCACGUUCCGCGCCGGGCGCGCGGCAUUCGCGACGGGCCAUCGCGGGACGCUCGCGCCUCCCUCGCCGCGACGCGCGAUGCGCCGGUCCGCCCGCGGCGGCGCCGUCCGCGCGCAGUCCAUCUCUGAGCCCCCGUCCAAGACCACCGAGCGCACCCCCGCGGACGCGCCCGCCGCCGGCGACCGGUUCGACUGGGCGCGAGCGUGGUACCCGAUGUCCCCGAUCGAUUUCCUCGACGACACCGCGCCAAACCCGAUGAAGGUGCUCGGCAAGUCCAUCGUCGCGUGGAAGGGCGAGGGCGGCGCGUGGGCGGUCGUCGAGGACUCGUGUCCGCAUCGCAUGGCCCCGCUGUCCCUCGGGUUCAUCUCGGAGGAUAAGCAGAUCGUCUGCAGGUACCACGGGUGGGAAUUUGGCAACGACGGCAAAGCCACCGCGAUCCCGAUGAGCACCGACGCCAAAGCCGAGAAGACCGCGUGCGAGUCACCGCGAUCAUGCGCGGUGUCCUACCCGGUGAAGGAGGAAGCCGGGGUGCUGUGGGUGUGGCCCACGGCGGGCGCGGACGCGUGGCUCGAGGCUUCCGCGACGCCCGUCGCCACCGCGGCUGCCGAGUUCGGCGAGCUCCCCGGCGAGUGGGGCAUGGUGGAGCUCCCGGUGGGAUACGCGCCCGCGCUCGAGAAUCAGUUCGAUCCCUCGCACGCGGAGUGGCUCCACGCCAAGUACAACGCGGAGAGCGGUCUGCUGGACGGCGCGAUGAACGUGGCGUACGAGCCCAUGACCCGUUUCAACGUGAAAGAGGGGACGAUGGGCGCGGGGGGAUUCACCGUGGAGCACGGCGGGUACAACGCCGGCAACAAGGACGUCUCCGCCGAGCGCCUCUUCACCGCGCCCUGCUCCAGCCGCAGCGAGUAUAAGGACGCCAACGGCAACAGGUACCUCUCCGCGGCGAUCCUGUACACGCCGACGGAGCCCGGUCGGUGCCUGAUGUUCACCAAGUUUCAGGCGCACACGCGUAAGGCUGUGCAGGGCGCGGGCAAGGCGAAGGUCACCGCGGGCGACAGGUGGCGGGGCAUACUGGAGAGCCCGGCGAAGACCGCGUUCCAGUGGUACAUGGAAUUCGUCGCCAAAGAUCCCGAGCUGUGCCGCAUCGGCCUGCAGCACGGCGUGUACGGCGCCGGGGCGUACACCCUGGGCGACCAGGACAUCCAGGCGAUGCACGGCGUCGAGGUUGCCAUGGAGAGCGCCGAGCGGGAUUGGAAAAAGUCCUACUACCUCCCCACCCCGUCGGACGCGGGCGUCGCCGGGUUCAGGACGUGGAUGGAUAAGCACGCGGGCGGCGGGGUGAAGUGGGCGGAUGGAACGCGCGACGACGAGAGCAAGAUGAAGCCGAUCGCACAGAGGCUGGAGCGGUACGAGCGGCACACCCGCCACUGCAGGUACUGCAAAGCCGCGCUUCGCGAGCUCGGCGUGCUCGAGGAGCGCCUGGUGGACUUCAGCAACGCGAUGCUGGCGGCUGGGCUGGUCUUCGGGCUGGGCGGCGCGGUGGUCGGGCAGGAGGGGCCCGCGGUGGUGAGCCUGUGCCUCGCGGGGCUCGCGGUUAACGCGACGGAGUCGGUGCGGGAUAUGCAGCACGGGAUGAAGACGUCCGUGCCGAGAAGGGGCGACCCCAUCCCCAAGCUGUGGUGAGGCGUACCUGGUAAUGCGAAUUCAUGGCGUGGCGGCGGGCAGCUGCGUUUUUAUUUUUGAGCAGUUGCUGACUCGCGAGGGCCGAUUUCCCGCCCAAAAUAUCGUAGACUACCGAAGGUAAGUGUUAGUCUAUGAAUACCUUCGUAGUACCUGGUCGUUAAAUAUCGAUAGACUACGAAGCCUG